GACUACGAGAUGAGAUACAAGUGGUAUUGAGAACAUAUCAUCUAAUAAGUAAAGGUGUUCAUUCAGUGGCUACCUCGACUACAUAUGGAAGCCUGCUUGUCUAUUCUAGCCAAUAACUAGUCAUGAAUGCAGCAGCUACAUGGACUCGUACAGGCUCUCGAAGCAAUACAUUAUACUAGAGCUCUGUCCCCUGGAAAUGGCAGAAAGGACUCUCCUCCAAACCCGCCAAACUCGCCUAGACUCUCGUCACAGAAGACUGCAGCCUGUAAGGAGGAUGCUCUUGAUAAUGGUGAACCAUAUUUGGAUAGCUCUUCCUUGCCUACGGUCACCAUCGAUUUCGAGGAAGAUAGCGACGGCGAUAGAAUAGUACCAUCCAUUUUGGUUUCUUCUGACCCUGUAAGUUUAAAAGCAACCGAAAAUUCUGACUUGCUGAAUUGGCGUCAUGGCAAUAUCAAACAGGAGAAUAUAUUACGUUUUGUCACCGAUCAACAAGAUGAUGAAUUAGGAAACUUGAAGCUCGCAGAUCUGGGAAGAGCUCAGCAGCAUCAGUUUGUGACAAGCAUGAAGCAUACCAAGGGGAAGAAACUUUGGAGAACACGAUGGUACGAACCACCAGAUCUAGAGAAACAAAAUCAAGAAGAGGCCCAAGGCAAAACUUCACGCUUAUUCGAUAUCUGGUCCAUGGGAUGCGUAAUGUUUGAAGCCGUGUUGUGGUUGCUAUAUGGGCACGGGUCUCAUAAUGUUUUCUUGCGCGCCAACGAAUUUCUCACCGGAGAAAAAGGCGUGACACCAUAUUGGCGGAAAGGAAAAGAUGGAAGCUACAAAUUGACGGAAGCAGUUACCGGGUGGAUUGACCAUAUAUUAGAGCACGACUUAGAACGCGAUGGUGUUAUCGGUGAUCUGAUAAAAUUGACGAGAAAUAGAUUACUCAAGAUUAAACUGCCUUCAAACUCUGAUAUAUAUGCCGAAGAUUUUCAUACAAAUUCAAAAGACCUGGAACAACAGCUUGGCAGAAUUCUUGAACGUGCCAGAGGAGAUGAAAAUUAUGUGUUCAGUGGAGCAGAUCGGACAAGCAUGUCUCUACCCAAUCUUACCAAUUCAGCCACGAACAAAUCAUUAAGAUCUGCAAGUAGUUCAUUAUUGUCGGUUGAGGAUGCAAGGGAGUAAAUAUCCCAAUUGUUCAAAGAUAGAGAACUUAGAUAGCUCAACAGCGUCUGAAACUUCGGUUGUGACGAACCCGAGUUGUGUACAGAGUGCAAUGCCAUCGACGUCUCGUCACUGCAUACGGAAAUUUCUCAUAAUAUGGAUAUACUGGAGAACAAUUCAGCAAAUAACGUCUGCGACCUCUGCGAAGUAAUCUAUACGGCAGCCAAAGAUCACGGCUUCAAAAGUCAUGAUGGCAUUCAGCAGAUCUCAUUAGUACGAUCAGACGACGAUUUUGUUCUGGAGGGAAGCGAGCAAAGAUUUCUUCGCCUAAUUGAAACAAUGCAGGAUACAACAGUCCCUCUAGCUACACCGGAACUAGCUUCACUGACCAGCAAUCGAGACCCUUCUCCUGCGGAUCUUGACUCCUUCAUGAAACUACCAAGGGCAUGCCUUGAAGAAUGUAAUACCAGUCACCAAGACGUUUGUGCUCCCAAGGAUACUCAUAUCCUCCCAACAAGGCUCAUCAAUGUCGCAAACCUAAAGAAACCGAAGAUCGUAGCGACGGCAGAUCUCUCUCAGGCUAUUCUUUCGGGGGGUAUUCGAUACAUUGCAGUUUCUCAUAGAUGGGGUGAUAUGCCUUAUUUGACUAUCACAACGCAGAAUAAUCUUGAACAAAGGCAGAAGAAGAUUCCAAUGGACGAGCUACCGCUUAGUUUCAGGAAUGCUAUUGCGAUUACGAGCGCGCUGGGCUGUACCUAUCUCUGGAUCGAUUCUCUAUGUAUUACACAAGGCCCCGAUGGUGAUUUUAGUGAAGAGGCAGAUAAGAUGCAAACAAUAUUUAACGGUGCGUACUGCGUUUUGGCUGCUUGCAAUGCCGAGAGUGCCAAGGUUGGCUCUUUGGAAAAUCGAGAAUCCCCAUCAAAUGCGUCAAGAUCGGUGAUAUCUUUGUCUCACCAAUCACAAUCGAUUUUGAGCCGGAUGUCCUUCACUGCCCCCUAGCCCGCCGUGGAUGGGUUUUAUAGGCACGCGCCUUGGCACGCAGAACUAUUUACUUUACAGACAAUCAGACUUAUUGGGAGUGUGGCGAGGGGAUCCGUUGCAAAACAUUGGCAAAGCUCAAGAACGAUAAGAUAGCUUUCCUCAGUGACCCCAAUUUUCCUGACUACACAAUCCGGCCAUCAAGCACCAUCGGGGAUCAAAUCAAGCUCUUUAUUGAUUUGUUCCAGAGGUAUACCAGGCUAGAAUUUUCCCAUCUGGAGGACCGACCUAUCGCAAUUGAUGGACUAAUGGAGCGACUAACUAUCGCAUUUAAGACACGAAGUUUAGCUGGGCUUUUUAAAACAUUCUGGGGCCGUUGUUUGCUCUGGCGACGGGUUGAUAAUACAGGACCACUGAAGAAGAUUCCGGCGUGGUACACGUUCUAGGCGGGCUCCACCAACUUGGUCAUGGGUGGCUUUUGAUGGCGCAAUCUCGUUCAUUGAGCCUGGCGGCGGUCAAGUUUCUUGGAAUGAUGCCGGAGUGAAAUUACCGUUCGCUAAUCUCACCGGCGAUCAAACUUCAUGGCUUCGGAAAAGCUGCCAGGAUGGUAGUGUGGCUAUCCAAGCAAAAGUACCUUACUUCAAUAUACCCGAAAAAGCCAACAGAAGUGAGGCAUGUAUAUACUAUGAUGACACAACAAUUAGGGCAGCAAAAUGUGUAAUUGUUGGUACUGACAAAUAUCAUGGUAAUGAUGCAAGCUUGAAGAAACAUUACGCUUUGAUUGUCAAGCCGCUUUCACACAGUCUCGGUGGAACAUCUUACGAACGUUGUGGCGUCGGAUACAUGCCAGGCAAGUAUAUUCGCUUGGGCAACCCUUCUGUUUAUAUGCCAAUUGAGUAGUUUCAUUUUAUAUAUACCACAUUUCGGACAGGAAUCGAGCAUUCGGGAGGCUACAAAAUUCACAUGCCAGUUUUCGAAAAGAGGAUUCUACCUACCUUAUUAAACUGAAACUGUACAUAGCGCUCGAAUAAUUUAAGUGAUUCUUAACAGCAAAAAUCAAGCUCGCAUCUAGCUUGGCCAACCAUUUUUUCUAAUUGGAGUUGCCUAUGGCAAAACAAGAGAGGUUUAGAAUAGAAGUUUCCGACAUUUUUUUUCUCUGGAUAUUUUAAGAGCAUAUGCUCCCGCGACCGUCUCUCAAGCGCAUCUCAAUUUACACAACGCCGUUUGAUACUUGUCUUCUUUAUGUGUUUUUCUGUCGAUGGGCCUAUAUAUCUAACUGUAUGUAAAGCAAAAUCUCCAUUUCACAUCACGCUUCGCAAAUAGAAAUAGAAAUAGAAAUAGAAACA